AUGGCAAGCAGCUUCUCCCCUUCCGAAUCUUUGGAGCUCUGCUACGAGAAUGUGAACGGAUCCUGCAUCAAAAGUGCCUACUCCCCUGGUCCCCGAGCCAUCCUCUACGUGGUCCUUGGUUUGGGAGCCGUGCUGGCAGUGUUUGGCAACUUGCUGGUUAUUAUAGCCAUCCUCCACUUUAAGUUACACACACCUACGAACUUUCUGGUGGCAUCCCUGGCCUGUGCUGACUUCUUGGUGGGGGUGACCGUGAUGCCCUUCAGCACCGUGCGGUCUGUGGAGAGCUGCUGGUACUUUGGGGACAGUUACUGCAAGUUCCACACUUGUUUCGACACCUCCUUCUGCUUCGCGUCUCUCUUCCAUCUGUGCUGCAUCUCCAUUGACAGGUACAUCGCAGUGACAGACCCGCUGACUUACCCGACCAAGUUCACGGUGUCGGUUUCUGGAAUAUGCAUCGCUCUCUCUUGGUUCUUUUCCGUCACGUACAGCUUUGCUAUCUUUUACACGGGAGCCAAUGAAGAAGGGAUCGAGGAACUGGUGGUUGCUCUGACCUGCGUGGGAGGCUGCCAGGCUCCGCUGAACCGAAAUUGGGUUUUACUUUGUUUCCUUUUAUUCUUCCUGCCCACUGUUGUUAUGGUGUUUCUAUACGGUAGGAUAUUUUUGGUGGCAAAGCACCAGGCUAGGAAGAUAGAGAGUACAGCCAAUCAAGCGCUGGCCUCCUCAGAGAGCUACAAAGAAAGAGUAGCUAAAAGAGAGAGGAAAGCUGCUAAAACCUUGGGGAUUGCCAUGGCAGCCUUCCUGGUGUCUUGGCUGCCGUAUAUUAUCGAUGCUGUGAUUGAUGCCUACAUGAACUUCAUAACACCCCCCUACGUCUAUGAGAUCUUAGUGUGGUGUGUCUAUUACAAUUCAGCCAUGAACCCCUUGAUAUACGCCUUUUUUUAUCCUUGGUUUCGGAAGGCAAUAAAACUUAUUGUGAGUGGCAAAGUCUUCAGGGGUGAUUCAUGCACAACUAAUUUAUUCUCAGAAGAGGCAGAUGUAGGAUAA